AUGGACAGUUUGCCAGUAAGGCUUUGUCUCUAUGCUGCCCUGCUCACGCUUCAGUGUGUGCAGGUGCAAUCCGAGCAGACCUGUGAUCCAACUGAGUUCUUACUUCCUAAUAGCACCUGUGUUGCCUGCCCUGUAUGUGGGCCUGGAGAGCAGCUCUCACAGGACUGUGGCUUUGGAGAUGGUGGUGAAGGAGUGUGUAUUCUGUGUGAGGAAGGGAAGUUCAGCUCCAAUACAGGUGUGGAUCCAUGCAGAAGAUGCACCCAGUGCAAUCUGCUGAACCGCCUAGAGAAGACAGCAUGCUCGCUAACCAAUGAUGCCCUAUGUGGGCAGUGCCUCACAGGGUACUAUGAACUCAGGAGCUUGACUGGGGAAGUGGAGCCGCCCUGUGUGCCUUGUUACGGCCAUGACAAAGUCCAUAAAGAGUGUUUGCUUUUCACAGCUCAAGGCUCUAAAGCAAAGCAGGUUCCCGAGUAUUGUCAUGGACCUGAGGGACGACUGUCUGCAGCAGGUCUUCAGCACACACCUUUGUCCGGCUGCACAGAGACAACAGUGAAACAAUCAGAGGCCCCUUCACAAACAACUGCUCCAGCUGAAGAUUCCUCAAGAGGCCUAAACUCACUGAGCCAUGAGAAUGAGGUGCAUCCUACUUCUAUUGUGAUUAAUGUCACCACCAACAUCAAGCCCUCCAGUCAGAAGAAAGAGAACAUCACACAGGACGACCAGCACAGCAGCUGCGACACCAGAGAAGAGUUGGAGCAAAAACUGCAGACAAUAUGGGAGAUGGCUCAAGGUCACAGUAUUGAGAUGCUCGACUAUGACUUGGUCCAGGACUUGUCCCUGCUGCUGGACUCUGCUGACAACAGGAACGUGUUGAGGAGACUGGGGCAGUCUUUGGGUGUCCCACCUCAGGUCAUCGCUCAUCUCCAAGGCUUCCAGGACCUCUUUCAAUACCUGCGCACCUCCACCUACACACUGCUGCCCCAGCUGGCCCAGGCUGCUGCGCUCUUGCCUAAUCCUGAAGUUGUUGCUAGGAUACACAGAGCUGUGGUGAACAAGUGGCCACUUAGACCCUAA